CCCUUUUCUCAGUAACACAACAACACACAUGUUUCCGGCCGCAGUAACAUGGCGGUGACUUUCAGGAAUGGAUGCUGUCAAUUUAUCCGUACAUGUUGGCGAUUACGGUCCCACGGCUUGCAGCUUUCCCUUCAAAAACCCAUAGGGGGUCUGUUACCUGCCUUGGUACGUCAACAGAGCUCUCAGAUCCUGAAGUACCCUCCCAAUUAUGUUCCUGAAACGUCACUAUCCAGACCUCCAUGGCCAGAGGUGAAAAUCAUAGAUCCCGCAGAAGAGGCAAAGCAGCAUCAAGAUGUGGUGCAGAAGGUUAACACACUCCUAGAGAAAGGGGACUACGGGCGGCUGUUUGCCGUGGUUCACUUCGCCAGCCGACAGUGGAAAGUGACAAACGAGGACCUCAUCCUCAUCGAGAACCACAUCGAGGCAGAGUGUGGCGACAGAAUACGAAUGGAGAAGGUGCUGCUUGUCGGAGGAGAAAAUUUCACCCUCGUCGGACGGCCACUGCUUGGGCGUGAUCUGGUCCGGGUGGAGGCAACAGUUAUCGAAAAGACGGAGUCGUGGCCCAAGGUUCAUAUGGUGUUUAAGAAAAGGAAGAGCUUCCAGAGGAAAAAGAUUAUCAUCCAGCCCCAGACCCUUCUUCGGAUAAAUUCCAUUGAAGUAGCUCCAAGAUUGAGUUGAUUCAAGACUGUAAAUAAACAAAUUUGUUUCUGCAAUGAUAUCCCCUUUGAUAUAUAACUGAUUCGCUGUGUAAUUAAACAUUGGCAAAACA